CUUUAUUUAUCGUCUGUGUUUGUUAUCUAAUGUAAAAAUAAUAAUUCACUUCUUCGGAAUUAGGAAUUUUCAAUUUAGGAAAUAGGAAAUGGGAAAUGCUGGGAAAAUCUUACAAGAGUAUAUCUUUCAGUAUCUCGAAGACUCGGAGCAAAUAUCUUAUCUAUUUAAUUCGUCUGAGUUCAGUAAAAGCUUACAUUAAGCAACAUGUUUUUGAAUGGCAUAAAGUUAGUCACAUUUGAUGUUACAAACACUUUAUUAAAAUUUCGCAUGCCUCCAUACGAUUACUAUGCUUUUGUAGCACAUAGUCAUGGUUUUAAAGGUACAGGUAUUGAUAUUAAAAACCGAUUACUCAGCAGUUAUAAAGAUUUAACAAAACAACAUCCUAAUUUUGGCAGAGAUAGUAUCACUUGGAAACGGUGGUGGAGUCGCGUCAUUGAAAUGACCUUUCAUGGACAUUUGCCGACUAAUGCCAAAGUUGAUGUAAUCUCGGAAAAACUAAUUGAAGAUUUUAAAACUUCGUCUUGUUGGGAAGUAGCCGAAGGUGGUGUAGAGUUGAUCAGAUUGCUUAAGAGUUUAGGAAUAGUUGUAGGAGUAAUAUCAAAUAUUGAUCCUCGAUUACAUGAUAUACUUACUAAUUUGUGCAUUGAUGGUUGCUUUGAAUUUGUGUUAACCUCUUACGAGGUAGGUGUCUGUAAACCUGAUAAAAUGAUUUUUGAAUGUGCACAGGCUAAGUAUGGAAAAAGUAUAUCCUCUAGCCAAUGUCUUCAUAUUGGAGAUGAUUUAGAAAAGGAUUACAAUGGUGCAAAAGCAGCAGGGUGGCAUGCUCUGCUGAUCACAGACAAAGUAAAGUCUCAUUCUGUAAACACAUACUCUAAUCUUAAGGAAUUACAUGAAGCAAUAGAAAAUAAAACACUACAGCUAUUGUAAAGUUAUGCUUACAGUGAAAACAAGACAUAUAAGUUUUUAUUAAAAGAUGAAUACUGAAGGCAGUAAUCUUAUAUACAAACUGUUGUGGAGAAGUCUCUCUGGAAGCCAGGGAGGAUCAAUAGUUGCAUGGGUUAUGGAUUUAUAUAAUAAAAAGGAAUUGGUAUAGAGAAUUAAAAUCAUUAAUCAAUAUAUGAGGUGGUGUGUAUUUCUAUAAAUAGAUAAUAUUUUUUUAAAAUUAUAUUGUUAAUUUUAAAAGAUCUGCUGGAUACUGGAGUUGGUUCAGUACUACCGACUAUGAUAUUUGGAAGUCUUUUCAUGACAUCUAUAUAAUGCAAUGGCGGCCUGCUAAGCUUCUGGAGUGAGCUCGGCUGAAUGGAGUGAAUCCAGCGGGAACCUACACCGAGGGACCCACGUACAACGGCCAAUCACUUGGCCAAGUGUGGAAACAGCCCAGAAGAAAGAAGAAGAAGAAGAUGCAGUGGAUUUCUAUUGACUGAAGAUUAUCAUGUUGAUUGUAUAUGUAUAGAUAGUGAGUUUGUAUUUAGGUUAAUCAAAUCAAUCAUACUAUACAUACCUGUUUACAUCCUAAAUGUUUGACAAUUAGGUUACCUAAGUAACCUAAUCUUACAAACUGUUACAAACUGUUAGUAGAAGGAUAGUAAUUAAUAUAAAUUGUUUCCCUUUUUUAUUAAUAAAACCUUAAAACUCA